GCCGUAAGGAAGCGGAACUGAAAAUAAACGCUCAGUUUGUCACUAGUGAUGGCGGAUGUGGUGGAGGUAGACACCAUGAUGAAUUACCACGGGAGCUUCGACAAAAUAGACCCGGACAUGUGCAGAUAUCCCUACUGUAUCGUCUGGACGCCUAUCCCAGUGCUGUCGUGGCUGCUGCCCUUCAUCGGGCACAUGGGCAUCUGCACCUCCUCUGGAGUGAUCCGGGACUUCGCUGGGCCUUACUUCGUCUCCGAAGACAACAUGGCGUUUGGCCGACCGACGAAGUACUGGAAGCUGGAUAUUAGCAAGGUGUACGGCAGCGGCUCAAACGCCUGGGACACCGCUGUGCACGAUGCAUCCGAGGAGUACAAACACAGAAUGCACAAUCUGUGCUGUGAUAACUGCCACUCUCACGUUGCCAUGGCGCUGAACCUCAUGCGCUAUGACAACAGCACCUCCUGGAACAUGGUCAACCUCUGCCUGCUGUCCCUCAUCCACAGCAAGCACGUGAGUUGUGCAGGGUUCCUGAAGACCUGGUUGCCCUUUCUCCUUCUGACCGGAGUCAUCCUCACUGUCGCCCUCGCCAUCAACCUGCGGUGACGGAGAGGAAGAGUGACACGGCGGGCGAGCGAGGGAGGGAGGGAGGGAGGAGAGAUGUGCAGGGUGGUGCUGGGACCAGCAGAAAGCCAAUCCAGACACAGUAAAAACUCACAUUCGACCUUUGACCGUUGACCUUCGACCUUCUGCAGGCUGAGCAGGGAAGCCUGCAGAGCUGCCUUGCUCUGAUUGGACAGCGGCUUCAUAGGGAUUCUGCUCAUGGUCUCCAUCCCUUUGAUCUUGAAGUUCUCUUGCUUUGUAUACACGCUUUUCUUUAUUUUACUGCUCAAACUGACCCCCCCCGGGGGUGAAACACAUCCCCUGUCAGACAGAGGGACUCUUCUUCAUCGGGGGGGUGGUGGGGGGGCAGGCCAUGCAUACGGGGUGAGCCCCAGUGUAGAUGGAGAUGGUGGAAUUUCACUCCAGGAAACACAUGGGCUUGUUCAUGGGCAAGGUUCACUUGUAUUUUCACUCUUGUUUACCACGCUUCUCUCUUGUUGUUUGGAGGGAGGCAGUUUAUAUGACAGAUUAUAUUGUGAGGUAUAUUUGAGAGAUGUAUUUGAGUGAUAUAUAUGAGCGAUAUAUUUGAGUGUAUUUCCGUACGGGCGUGCACGUGUGAGCUCAGGACUUGGCCCAGCUUCCCAGACCGCCGCGUGUGGCUUCAGCAGGGGCAGGAAUGCGGAGUCCCAGCGUUGUGUUGCUCUUCAUCCCCAAUGUUCAGUUUGGAAUGUGCAGCCUUUUGAAGGAGGAGCUAAACGCCUCCAUGGCAACCGCUUUGGCGUAAUGAAGCAACACCCUCUGCACACACACACGCACGCACGCACGCACGCACACACACACUCACACACUCUCACACACGCA